AGUCGUGUUUUGCGUUUCGUCCCGUCCAAGCAAAAGGAAAGAGGAUAGAUUCGGAGAUCAGGCUUCUGGGAAGAAGACCGCCGACUCAAGGUCUGGAGUCUCACCCACCUUGUUUUCGCCGUCUUAUCCGCCAAAUCCAUCCGAUUGCCCUCUGUAUCCUUUGAGUUAGGGCUUUUAUUCUGAGCCUCCUUCCGUUUAUCCAAAUCAAACCCUUAUCUCCAAAACCUUUCACUUCUCUCAAGGAGCAGAGCUGUUUCGGGCUGUAGAGUAAAUAAGGAAGUGGCGUUUCUUCUUUAGUUUUAUAGAGUUAAAUGGAAAGCAUGAAGAUGUACAUCAAAAACAACAGCAGUGCUAGGGUUUGCCAAUUAUCUGAAAUGGUACAGUUACUGACUGGUUAAGCUCUAGAGUUGUACUUUUCUUGUAUAGUUAAGCUUUUAGAUUUAGACUUGCGGAUAGAUAUUGAUCAAGUAGUUAGAAAUGGAAGCAAAGACCGCAAAGGCGUUGGAUAGAAAUCGGAGAGUUGUGCGAGACUCAAAAAGAAAGCGUGUAACCCAGUUUGCUACAUAUUUGAAUGAAGUUAACCCAACAAUGUCACCACAAUGGCAUACAUCACAAAAUAAGCUUGGCAAGCGUAGGAAAUUGGGUGGGUCUAAAAGCAAGCUCAAGAGCUAUGGGUCUAAUUUUGGGAGAUCCUUACAAAGAUGCUAUGCAAAUUUUAAGAAAACUGGAACACCACAGCGUUUAAUGUUUUAUCAGAAUGGCCAAUGGAGUGAUUUUCCUCAGCAUAUUGUUGAUAUGGUUAGAGAAGAUUUUCAAGUAAAGAAGCCUGCUAUGGAGGUUAAGUUAAAAGGGCAUCCUUUUAUGCUCGACUUUUUGCACAUGUUUCAGAUGGACUUGAAAACAGGCUCACGACAACCCAUUGCUUGGAUUGAUCAAGCAGGCAGCUGCUUCUUUCCAGAAACUUAUGCGGAUGACAAUGAGCUCUUUGAUUUCUCUCAACCUGAAAGUGGGAAAGAUCAAGACCCAGUGUUUGAGGAGUCCAAUGGGUCUCAUGAGAUCAAGCUGCUGCUGGAAAUCGAAAUAAAUGGAAUGGAGGAAUGUAGUGGGGAGUCAAAUGCUCUAGUUAAGCAUACCCAAAUCAAUGAUAAACCGGCUACAAACCAAUAUGUUACAGAUGUUGAGGAUAGUUGCAAUAGACAACCUGUUGCAAAAAUUGAUGAGGCUGUUGAGGAAAAUAAACAGAUGGAUGCAGAUUUAGUCACAGCCACUGUAUCUGAAAAUGAAUUUGAUUGUGACUCUGUGCAGAAGAUGUUCCUUACCAGUAUGAGUGCUUUUGGUAGUGUUGACAUUGUUGAGAUAUGCCCUUUCUCAAGAAGUUCUUUGAUGCAAGCUCGUUCUGAGCUUUUUCAGAAGCAGUUAGAACUAACCAAAAAUUGUCGUGGGGAUGCAAAUGUUCGAUAUGCUUGGCUUCCUUUAUCUAAAGAGGAGCUGCCUACAGUAAUGACACAUGGGCUUGGUUAUUGUCGACCUUCAACAAUUAAGUCCAUGUAUGGCAUUGGUGUUCAUCUUACGGCUGCUAAUAGUCCUUACACCAGUGCAAGUCAUUGUGAUGUUGACGAAAAUGGGGUACAGCACAUGAUAUUUUGUCGAGUGAUAAUGGGAAACAUGGAGGUUGUUUAUCCUGGAACUAGACAAUAUCGUCCGAGUGACAUAUACUCUGAUAGUGGAGUGGAUGAUCUUCAAAAUCCUAGGUUUUAUAUAAUCUGGACUAUGAAUAUGAACACACACAUUUUUCCAGAAUUUGUUGUCAGUUUCAAGUUCUCUUCCGAAGCUGAAGGGCAUUUGAUUGGACGUGAGACUAAGCAUGAUGUUUCAGGGAUUACAUCUUGUCAGGUGCCUCAUGGCCAACGAUUAGAGUCUCCAGCAGUUGAUGUGGAGAGCAUAAGUCAACCAAAUUCAGAUUCUCGGAGAUCUGGGGGGAAAGCUGCUAGCGUGGCCUCAAGCACUACAAGAGCUCCUAAAUCCGCUUGGAUGCCUUUCACCAUGUUGUUUGAUGCUAUCUCGGAUAUAGUUCCUCCUACAUAUAUGGAAAAAAUUAAUACACAUUAUGAGUCGUUCAGGGCAAAGAAAAUAGGUCGUGAUGAAUUUAUCAAAAAUUUGAGAUUGAUAGUUGGAGAUCCUUUGUUGCGGGCUACAAUCACGAGUCUUCAAUGCAAGGUACCAUCGGAAUCUAGGCGUCAACCGGAACUGCCAAAGCCAAUGCUUGAUGUAGAAAAGGUUGCUGAUAACAUAAAUGCGUCGACAUGAAGUUGUGAAUGCUAUGAUGGGUUUGAAAGCUUUGUUAACUGCUAGCAGCUUGCGUUUUUUUGUUUGUCAAGGCUAUCUGUGUCUUUUUAGAGUUGAACAUGGGACUUGGGCAAGUGUUGUAGCUUUUGAACUAGGGCUAUGUGAUGUUUGCCAAAUGUGGAUAUUAUUUUUGAAGGUGGAUUAUUUGAUCUUUCAUUUGUCUUGGUAUU